ACGGCUGGAGCAGAGAGAACAGCUGACAGGACUGACAGCAUGGGGGGUUCAUGGCCCACAUUCACCCUGAGUACCACUCCUGAAAAGUUGUACGUUGAGGCCUGUGAUGAUGGAUCUGAGGACGUGCUGGUGAUUGACAGGGUGUCUACUGAGAUGUUUCUGGCCGCGAAGAGGGACGUCCCUGUUUUUGCCGAGGCCACACCGAUAUGUGGACUUAUGGGAACUCUUCAUUUGGUAGCAGGCAUGUACCUGGUAGUCAUCACCAGGAAGACCAAGGUGGGAGAUCUGCUGGGUCACGCUGUUUGGAAGGCUCUGGACUUCAAAGUCAUCUCUUAUAAGAAAACAGUCCUGCACCUCAAUGACAACCAGAUGCAAGACAACAAGACCUUCCUUUCCAUGAUCAACAACGUUCUUCAUACUGAUGCCUUCUACUUUUCGACGGACUACGACCUGAGCCACACCCUGCAGCGCCUGGCCAACACCAGCCCCGAGUUCCAGGACAUGAGCCUCUUGGAGAGGGCAGAUCAGCGUUUUGUCUGGAAUGGUCACCUGUUGAGGGAAUUUAUGUCCCAGCCAGAGUUACACAAGUUUGUGUAUCCCGUCAUCCACGGCUUCAUCAGCAUAAACACCAGCUGCAUCAACGGAAAGCUGUUUGAGUGGAGCAUCAUCUCCAGGAGGAGCUGCUUCAGAGCCGGCGUCCGCUACUAUGUCCGAGGCAUCGAUGUGGAGGGACAUGCCGCAAACUUUGUAGAGACAGAGCAGAUCGUUCAAUACAAUGGUGCCAAAGCUUCUUUUGUUCAGACUAGAGGUUCCAUCCCCAUCUUCUGGUCCCAGAGGCCCAAUCUAAAGUACAAACCCAGACCUCAGAUCAGUAAAACACUCAACCACCUCAAUGGAUUUCAGCGGCAUUUUGACUCACAGGUUAUUCUCUAUGGAAGACAAGUUGUUUUGAACUUGAUCAACCAGAAAGGCUCAGAAAAACCACUGGAACUGGCCUUUGACAACAUGGUCACGUGCUCGGCGAACGGCUUGAUCAGGUACAUUGCCUUUGACUUCCAUAAGGAGUGCAGUCGGAUGAGGUGGCACCGCCUUCAGAUCCUACUGGACAUGGUUGCUGACGUGCAGGAGGAACUUGGGUAUUUCCUGGUGGAUGUUGAUGGGAAGGUGCUGUUGAGCCAAGAGGGGACUUUUCGGUCCAACUGCAUGGACUGUUUGGACCGAACUAAUGUUGUCCAGAGUCUGCUGUCCCGCCGCUCUCUCCAGUCACAGCUGCAGAGAAUGGGAGUCCUCAGCCUGGGCCAGAAGGUUGAAGAUCAGAUGGACUUUGAGAAGAUGUACAAGAGUGCCUGGGCCAACAACGCAGAUGCUUGUGCCAAACAGUACGCUGGAACUGGCGCCUUAAAGACCGACUUCACCAGGACAGGAAAGAGAACGUACGUGGGACUGCUUAUGGAUGGCUGGAACUCCAUGAUCCGGUAUUACAAGAACAACUUCUCCGAUGGCUUUCGACAGGACUCCAUCGAUCUGUUCUUGGGGAACUACGCUGUGGACGAAGCUGACUUGAGCACCCCGCUGCAGGACCCCAAGGACUGGAAGUUUUUCACUUUGCCUAUCGUUAUGGUUGUAGCUUUCUCCAUGUGCAUCAUUUGCCUGCUCAUGGCUGGCGACACGUGGACGGAGACUCUGCCGUACGUUCUGUUCUGGGGCAGCGCCAGCGCCGUGACUGGAGGACUCAUCCUUUUCAACGGACGAGACUUCGUGGACGCUCCCAGACUGGUGCAGAAGGAGAAGCUGGACUGAACGUGUGUGUGUGGAGAGCAGCCGGGCCCCGGGGGCGGCUGGACACCCACCUCCACCUCCAGCUGGUCCUCGCUGCCCCGCCGGCCUCAGCGUGCACACAACCUGAGCCUUUACUGACGCACGGGCAGAGCUCUGCACCCGUGUCUGUGACAGGUGACGCUUUUCCACUAGAACUUACUCAGCCCGACUCGACUCGCCCCAGUUUUGAGCUUUUCCACUAGGGGUCUAACGUGCCGAGUAGAUACUUUUCUGUAUCUAUUCUGCCGAGGUUCUAAGCUGCUGAGUGGGCUGUAUCUGACAUCAUCACACUACAGGACACCGAUUGGUCGGGGGGUUGGAGUCAGACGUCUGAGUCAGGAGGAGGAAAUCAGAGAAAGAGACUCUGACGGAUUCUUGUUCAUUUUAUUCAACCAGCAACGGCAGCAAAAGUCUGUUUCAUGAUCCAACUCUGAGGUGCAGAUGUUCAUAAACCUGGUGCUGAGGAGAGAAUUAAAAAGGGAUCUAGACGGAGAUAAGGAACGACCAGAUCUACCAGGAGCUCUGUCUCUUCAUAGCUGCUCACGGCUCCAGCUGACUUUUCAGCAGCGCGGAGACAAACUAAAAAUUAAAAAGCGUCGCCACUUGAAGCUUCUCUCACUCUCACACUGCAAAAACUCAAAAUCAUACCAGGAAUAUUUGUCUUAUUUCUAGUUAAAAUGUGUCAUUUUUAGUCAAAAAAUCUCAUUACACUUAAAACAAGAGUCAUUACCAGAAAAAUAACUUAUUUGACAA